GGCACUAUUCUCUAAUGACAUGUCACACAUCAAAAUCAUUUCACGUCAUAUUUUUCUCAUGCAAACAUCACUCCUCUUUUAUAAGACCGAACCACACACAAACCAGCCAAAGCUAAAGGAGAAGAAAAAAGGGUUUCAGAACAAAAGGUGUAGUUACAGCUAAUGGCGUCGAGUGAUAAGAUUCCGGUGGCGUGUCCGGCUAGCAGCGGUGAUGGAAAGGAGCCAAUGGGAGAUCCGACCAAGACGACCACCACGAUUCUCGACAAAGGAACGGCUAUGAUGCAAUCAAUGAAACCGAUCAGGCAAAUGAGUCUCCACGUGUGUUCAUUCGCUUGCUAUAGCCACGAUCCUGGCCGUCAUAUGGAAGUUCAUAUUUACGGCCACCGUGUAAACCAGGACUUCCUACAGUGUGCUGUCUACGAUUCCAACUCCGCUAAGGCUCAUCUCAUCGGGAUCGAAUAUAUAGUGUCGGAGAAGUUAUUCGAAAGUCUCUCACCGGAGGAACAGAAGCUCUGGCACUCGCAUGACUACGAGAUCCAAAUGGCUCUUCUAGUAACUCCAAGGGUCCCGGAGAUGGUUGCAAAGCCGGAGCUUAAAAAUCUUGCCAAAUCAUACGGAAAAUUUUGGUGUACAUGGCAGAUUGACCGAGGGGAUAGAUUACCACUAGGAGUACCAUCACUAAUGGUGUCGCCACAAGAUGUGAAUCUUGGGAGAAUAAAACCGGAGAUGGUGAAAAAGAGAGAUGAAGAACAUGGAAUCUCGACGGAAGCGUUGAAGCCGUCGAGAGAUGGGAUCUCUGGACCGGAGAAGAAGAAUCUGGUUGCUGAUUAUUGGGUUCGGUUCAGAAAAGGCUUUGCGCUUGAUGUCGUUGAGACAGAUAUGAAGAGAACAGCUCCCUUUCCGUGACCUUUUUUAUGCGUGCAUGUUUUUUUAUGAAAUCUCCGACACUAUACAAGUUCGUAAACUCAUACUACAUGCCAUAACAGUAGAUACAAGUUUGUAUGCUUUAUAUUGCUCUUUAUAUAGGUCUUGUACCUAACAACGUACAAUCCAAAAUAAGACUAUAUAAAAUACUGAUUGUAGCGUUGAUUUUUGCGAGUGAACGUGCCAUAAUUAAUAGA